AUGGCUUCCAAAACUUGUUCCUCAUCACUUGCUCUUUUCCUCACACUCAACCUUCUCUUCUUUGCACUUGUCUCGGCUUGUGGUAGUAAUUGUAAAUGUCCUGGUCCAUACCCAAAUCCCUGCCCUUCAUCAAGUGGCACUUGCCCUCGUGAUGCACUCAAACUAGGGGUAUGCGCCAAUGUGCUAAACGGGUUGCUGAACGUGACUUUGGGUCAACCACCAGUGACCCCUUGUUGUUCCCUCCUUGAAGGCCUUGCUGACCUCGAAGCUGCAGUGUGCCUUUGCACUGCCCUUAAAGCAAACAUUUUGGGCAUUAACCUUAACCUUCCCAUAUCACUCAGCUUGCUCCUCAAUGUUUGCUCAAGGCAAGUCCCACAUGACUUUCAAUGUGCCUAA